AUGACAGGUCUCUCUAAACACACAAUGCGCUCCAAGUCCGAUUCUUAUUCCUAUGUUAUUGAUAAAGCAAUGGAUAUCGAAAAAUCUAUGGGACGUCAAGAAAUUAUAAAGCAAAAUAUUACCCAACAUGGAACAUCUUUCGAACGUGGAAAUGCCACGAACUGGUACAACAAGUUUCUCGCCAAAUGCUACUUCGAAUUUCUUUGUGCUAUCGCCAUUCUUACCUUGAUUCCUCUCGCUAUUAUCCUUGGCCUCAAUUACUACUCUAAUCGAACUGAAAGCUACGUGUCUGGGUACAAGUUUUUGGUGUACGAUUUCAAGGGUGUUGCUCCAUUGAACAACAAUUCAGUUCUCCAACAAGGAAGACAUAUGUGCGAUUCGGUUCCCGAUAGUUUUCGAUGCCACGAAACAUACUUGGAGUAUGAUCUCAGUGGAUUUGUCUUUUCGCGUUUAUGCGCAGAGAUUGAGAAAAUGCAAGGCAGGUUGAUCAGAUAUGAAGAUUUGUUGAACAAUGAGGCGCAGCUGUACACCAAGGACAUAUCCGAAAUUCUAUCAGGGAGUUUGAAGAAGGAAAUCCUAGAGAAGGACAGUCUAGUUACCAAUGUCAAAGCGGUUUGCAAGAAGGACUCUGCUGAUGCUAAUCUGGAGAUGGAGCACAAGAAGAAUAAUGAUGAGAAGAGAGAGAGCAACUUGAUGAUAUCAUUCAAAUGA